AUGCCUACCAUUACAGUGGACAAGGCUGCCCUGUUCCAGGCCCUGGGCCGGGAAUACACCACGGAGGAAUUCGACGAGCUCUGUUUCGACUUCGGGAUCGAGCUCGACGAAGACACCUCUCUCACCGAGAGACCGAUCGUCAACGGCAAGCAAGAACCGCCGCAAUUGAAAAUUGAGAUCCCCGCCAAUCGAUAUGACAUGCUCUGCUUCGAGGGCAUCCAACUCAUGCUCAACAUCUUCAACCGCAGGGUUCCGGCGCCACAGUAUGUUUUGAAAGCGCCGCCAAAUGGCCAGCUCCAAACCAUCACAAUCACCAAGGACACCGCGAGGAUACGGCCGUACGUGUCCGGGGCCGUUCUCCGCAAUAUCAAGUUCGACGAGGCGAGAUAUGCGUCCUUCAUCGACCUUCAGGACAAGCUGCACCAAAAUCUGGCCCGGCAACGGACACUUGUCUCCGUCGGAACACACGACCUGGAUACGAUCAAAGGCCCCUUCACCUACGAAGCACUACCACCAAAAGACAUCAAGUUCGUCCCGCUCAAUCAGUCCCAGGAGAUGAACGGCGAAGAACUUAUGGCCUUCUAUGACAAGGACAAACACCUUGGGCGGUACCUGCACAUCAUCCGAGAUUCUCCUGUAUACCCUGUCAUCUACGACUCCAACCGGAACGUGUGCUCUCUUCCACCGAUCAUCAAUGGAGAUUUGAGCAAGAUCACGCUCGACACGAAAAACGUUCUCAUUGAGGUCACGGCGACCGACAAGACAAAGUUGGACAUCGUCAUCAACAUUAUCGUUGCCAUGUUCUCUCAGUACACCGCGGAAGAAUUUACGGUUGAGCCGGUUCAAAUCAUAUCCGAGCACAAUGGCGAGUCGAGGCAGGUGCCUAACCUUACACCACGUGCCACACAAGCUGAAGUAGAUUACAUCAACGCGUGCUGUGGUCUUUCGCUCUCUCCUGAGGAGAUCUGCGAUCUUCUUACCCGUAUGUCUUACACCGCAAGGCCUUCCAAGUCAGACCCUAACUUGGUCGACGUGGACGUACCGCCUACGCGAGCCGAUGUGCUGCAUCAGGCCGACAUCAUGGAAGAUGUCUGCAUUGCGUAUGGCUUCAACAAGCUUCCAAGAGCGUUUCCCAAAGUCGGGGCUACAAUCGCCGCGCCACUUGCGAUCAACAAGCUAUCAGAUAUCCUGCGACAGGAGGCUGCCAUGGCCGGCUGGGCCGAAGUUCUACCGUUGAUAUUGUGCUCACACGACGAGAACUUUGCCUGGCUGAACCGCAAGGAUGACGGCAAGACUGCCGUGAGACUGGCCAAUCCCAAAACAGCCGAGUAUCAGGUGGUGAGAACAACACUGCUCCCAGGUCUGCUAAAAACAAUUCGCGAGAACAAGCACCACUCAAUACCCAUCAAGAUCUUCGAAGUCAGCGAUGUCGCGUUCAAAGAUGAGUCGUUGGAACGUAAGAGCCGCAACGAGCGUCACUUUGCCGCGGCAUGGUACGGCAAGACAUCCGGCUUCGAGGUCGUCCAUGGCCUGCUGGACCGCAUAAUGGCAAUGUUGAAGGCGGCGUUCAUUACCCACGAAGAAGGACUGGAGAUCAAGAAUGGAAAACCUCAAGGGAUGGAAUACUGGAUCCAGGAACUCGACGACCCCACGUAUUUCCCGGGCCACGGGGCCAGCAUCCACGCCAGAAUCGCGGGCCAAGAGGUUGUCAUUGGCACCUUUGGCAUCCUGCAUCCUACUGUGCUUGCAAAGUUCGACCUGAAGUAUCCUGUCAGUACAGUGGAAUUCAAUGUCGAGGUCUUCCUGUGA